AUGGCAACAACCCUAGGACUCCGCUCCCCUGUUUCGCGGUCUGGUGCGGUAUCUCCUCAAGCACCUAGACCCGCAUUCGAUACGGAGAUGUUGCGAGCAUACGUGAAAAAACUCUUGCCAGCAACGCUUUCGCAUGCUGUGUGGCCACAUAUCGAGCGUGAUCAAGUAAAAGCUUGGAUGAAGGAAAUAGGAGAACGCGUCAAAGAGCGGAUGGUGGAGAUUCAGCCACAUGGAUUUAAGUAUAUGGUCUUGGUCCAGAUCACGGAGAAUUUGGGACAAGGUGGCCGGUCCCAUAUGGUGUCUCACUGGGAAGACGGGGAUGUCUGCUUAAACGAACUCUUUUUCAAUGAUUCAUUAUUCUGUACAUGUACUGCCAUCGCGGUACGAGCCUCGUGA